UAUUUAGACCAUCCUGUUUUGGGCUGAUCAAUAGUAAAAAUUUAAAUGUUAUAUUUAUCAAAUUAAAAUUAUAACUUCGACCUAUUAUCAUAUAAUACUAAUACACUUGAUUUAAUAACGCUUGAUCUAGAGCAUUGUUAAGUCUUUGUGGUUGCUAGAAAGACAAAUCAUAAAAUUCUUUAAAUAUCAUUUUGGACCCCCACACACCCCUCUCAUUUUGUAGCCUAUAUAAGUAGAGCACCCCUUCGAUACAAUCAUCAACUCGAUCGAUAUUAUUAAUACUUUAGCAUAUAUAAUGUCUUCUUCUCAAGUUGGACAAGGAUCAUCAGUUACAUGGACUGCACAACAAAACAAGGCAUUUGAAAGGGCAUUAGCAGUGUACGACAAAGACACCCCUGACCGUUGGUCUAACGUUGCUAGAGCUGUUGGAGGUAAUAAAACUGCUGAAGAUGUGAAGCAACAUUAUCAACUACUUCUUCAUGAUAUCAUGUUUAUUGAGAGUGGUGGUGUGCCUUUCCCAAACUACACCACUCCUACCGGAGGCCGAUCCCGCGAUAAUAACAAAUAAUUCACAUUAAGGAUGCAAAUCUUUGGUUCCAACAAAGCAAUGAGGGGAAGAAAGAUGCAACCUUAAUUAUAUAUAAUACUACAUUUUUAUUCCAAGAAAUUAGUAACGUUACUACUAGCUAUAUUAAAAAAAAACAAUAACCAGAAUAUCACAUUUUCUUCUUGACAAUUCAAGUGAAGUGUAUAUCAAUUUCUUUGUACGUACAAGUUAAUUGUAUUAAUUUCAAUUUCAUGGAUGUACUAUAUGAAGGAAGCAUUUGAAUUCCUUCUACUUUGUAAUAGCAUUCAUGUUUGAUCUCUUUCUAUAAAACGACUUCUUGUUUUAAAAAAA